GCUGCCGUGGAUGCGUGCCCUGGGCUGCAGCUGCCCUGCUCUAGGUAGCGCCGACAGCAGGUCGACCGACCGACCGACCGACCCCCUGAUGGAGACAACUUGCUUCAACAUCGACGCAACAACGGCACCCCAGGCCAUUGAUGGCAGUCGAAGCCAUCCACCAUGUCGUCGAAUCAAGAAGCUGAGCCCUCGGCGGCCGAACCAGGCAGCCCCCAGUCUCCCAUCGAAGCCGCAACAAGCCCUCCUGCCGCCGCCGCCGUUGCCGCCACCACCACGACCACCGCCGCCCACGAGCCGCAGACGAACACGCCCGAGCUCGACGUCCCCAAGCUACAGUCCCUGCCAGCCGAGCAACAGGAGCUGUAUCUGCUCACGUUCGUGUCGAGCUUGACCAAGCACGUGCUGGCGCUCUCGUCCGACGACUGCACCGCCCAGCAGUUCUACCUGAAGCGCGAGAUCUUCCAGAUCAUCAACCUGCCCGCACCGCAACCCUCGCGUGUCAUACGCAACAACCUGGGCAAAUGCCUGGCGCACGUCUUCAGCAAUGGCGACAGGAAGCUCCUCUUCGAAACCAUAAACGAUCUCGUCGGCGUCGUCUCCGGCGGCAAGGCCAAGUCGGAUGGCGAGACGCGGUCUAAGCAUGCGGCCGUGAGCUGCCUCGGCGAUGUAUUUGGCGCAGCCGGGGACAGCGCCAUAGGCCUGCACCAGAUUUCGUGCGCAACCCUGAUCAAGACGCUCAAGUCUUCGUCGAGUAACGCGGGGAUGCGGGCCGCGGUUCUGACGGCCUUGGCCAAGGUUGUCGUCAUGGUCGAAGGCUCCAUGGAUGAGACCAUCUGCCGCGACAUCUGGAAGCAGUGUCGAAGCCACGCAGCCAGCGACAAGGGCGCACUGGUAGUUGCUGCGGCUUGUCGGUGUCUGCGAGCGCUGUGCAAGCACACAGCCUACUUCCGCAACUCGGCCGAUUUCGACAAGCUCGAGACAGCCAUCUUCAAGGCCGUCGACACGUCAUCUUCCCAAGUACGGCAUGCCGCGGCCGAUUGCUUUGCGGAGGCGAUGGUCCAGGGCUACGCCGGCUCUGCAGCGGCUGACAACUUGGCGGCCACGAAGAGCAAGAAAACCAAAGCAAAGCUCAAGCGCGUUUCGACGCACCCAGGCGUCGGGGAGGACGAUGAGGAGCUCCCUCCGCGCUCUGCCAGCCCGGCACCUGGCGGAAAGAGGACUCAAGACCUGUCGCUGACGAUUCCGGACAUGCUGAAGCUUCUGUCAACGCAAUAUGUCAAGUCGAGUGCGUCCAACAAAGCUCGAACGGCUAUUGGCGUCUGUUACGGCAAGCUGUUCCGACGCCUUGGCGAGAAUCCGAUUCAGGCCAAUUACUUGAGAAUCGUCGAGAGUCUCGCAGUCGAUAUUCUGGGUCACUCGAAUGUGAGCAACAAUCGCUACCGGCUGCUCUUGUCUCGAAAGAUUAUCGACACCGUCGUCCAAGACGUCAUUGGACGCAAAAUCCUUGGCGAGUCUGGCCAGGUCAAGGCCGCGGAGCUCCUGAUCAACAAUAUCCUGAAGAACUACCCACAAGCCUUGACGGAGAGGCCCGAGCCAUCUAAAAACACCCUUAUUGUCUCCUUGAACGCCGUGGCAGCCCUCGUCCAGUCUCUCGGCUCAGCUGCAAACCGCUUCGCCGAACCCUGUCGCGACGGGCUACUCCAAGUCUUGCAACACCCUAGCUACUCGGUGCAGGUGUUCGCGUCCUACUGCAUGAAGACUUUUGUUCUCUCGUGUCCCCAGCAGCUACUGCCCUGCCUGUCGGUCUGUAUGAACUCCUUGACGCGGGAACUUUCGCUGCUUGGGAGUGGUCGCAACUCACCGAGGCGGUGUCUUGGGUUCGCGCAUGGCUUGGCGGCAGCGCUCAGCGCCAGCCCGUUGCGGCCCCUUCAUGGCUCUCUCGACAUCAACAGCCGCGUCUUGACAAUGGCCACGAACCUGCUCAAGUCGAGCAGCCAAUCCGAGCUUCGCGUGUCAUGCACACAGAUCCAGGUCGCGUGGAUUCUGAUCGGCGGUCUGAUGUCGCUGGGCCCCAACUUUGUCAAGAUUCAUCUAUCGCAACUUCUUCUCCUCUGGAAGAAUGCCUUGCCGAAACCAUUGGCCAAAGACAACACUUCAGCCAGGAGCCUUCUCGAGGCGUCAUUCUUGACGCACGUGCGGGAAUGCGCGCUGGGCUCCAUUAUGGCCUUCCUGCAGUUUAACAAUCGCCUGCUGACCGUGGAUGUCUCAAAGCGCAUUGCUGCCAUGCUGCAAAACACGACGGCGUUCCUGAAGUCGCUGCCACACAAGAAGACCACCGAAGAUAUUUCGCAGAGGCUGACUCCGGCUCUGCAGCUGCAAGAUUUGGACCUGAUGGUGCAGCGUCGCGUCAUGCAGUGCUAUAUCAAACUUGUCAAUCUAAGUCCCGCAGGGGGAAGCGAGGCUCUUCUGCAGUCCAACUUGCUGACUCUGGCCAUCUCGUUGUUUGCGGACCCCGAAAACUACACCCCGAGCUCUCUGAGCGCCUCAAUUGCCAAUGCGGCUGCCAACUUCGAGUCGAUAUGGGAUGUUGGAGACAACACGGGUUUCGGUAUCACGGGGCUUGUCUCCGGAUUCAAAGUUCGAAAGCUCCCUGGACAGCACGACACAUCUACCGGGAGCGACGUCGAUGCAGAGAGUCCAGAGGAAGCCAUUGACAAUCUCUUGCUCUCCCCUGUCUGCGGCAGCCUGGAGCAUGAUGCAUCGGCACUUUACGUCGGUGCAGUAGAUGACGCCCUAUCUAUGACGCCCGAUCCGCCAGCAACGGAGGUCAUCAAUGAUGCCAUUCAACUGUUCGCCUUUGCCUUCCCCCUGACGCCUGCCAAAGUGCAGGAGAGCGUCUUGGAGCAAAUCAGAACGUUUGCAUCGGCGGGCUCCCUUCAACGAGACCCGGGCCGGAAAGCAGCGAUCAACGUCAAUAUUGCGACGGCGAUCCUGGCCUGCAUGAGGGUGGCUACGAAAGAAACAAACUCAUCGCCAGGCAGUGUGGCCAACCUCGCCGUGGAAAAGCUGCUCCAGGAUAUCGUGAGGGACUUCGUCCUGGAUCCGGAUCAAUACGUGAGGAGUCUCGGCUAUGCUGCCGUAGCUAGGCUCUGCAAUGUUUACGGCAACUCCUUCACCAACCACGAAAUCAAGUUCCUCGUGGACACCAUUGUCGGCAACCGCGAGCCCAGUGCCAGAGCCGGGUGUGCGAUGGCCCUUGGCUCAAUCCAGACAAAAGUCGGUGGCAUGGCCGCCGGCUACCACCUCAAGACCAUUCUGGGCAUCCUCAUGUCCCUCUGCAACGACCCGCACCCCAUCGUGCACUACUGGGCCUUGGAGGCUCUCUCGCUGGCCUCAGACGCCGCUGGCCUCUCCUUUGCCGGCUACGUCCCGAGCACGUUGGGAAUGCUCGCGCAACUCUACGUGUCGGAAACCCAUCACCCAGAGAUUUCGUCAGCCAUAACCAUGAACCUCGAGAUGGAGCUUCCGACUGUGGCGGCGAUCGCCAAGUGCGUCGACUCCCUCAUCAACGUCCUGGGCCCAGAUCUGCAGGAUUCCAACAAGUCCCGAGAGCUCAUAUUCACAUUGGUUGAAUACUUUGAGGAUGAAAGUGACAGCCAGGUUGAGAGAGCCGCUUUGGGAUGCUUGGAGCACCUGUCGCUUUAUGCGCCUGGGCAGAUGCACUUUGCCGACUAUGUGAAGCUGCUCCAAAAGUACCUCUCGUCCGACAACAAUACUCUGCGGGAUGUGGCCGUGGAUGGCCUGUAUAACAUCAUGAAGAGAGAGCCUCGCGACGUUCUUCGGGAAGCAGAUGAGGGCUUCGAGGAGCGACUGUGGCUGGUGCUUGACGACGCGCCGUCUCACGAUGGCCUCCGGAACAUAAUUCGCAACUGGAUGCGCCAGAGUUGUUUGCAGGAAACUGGCGAGUGGCUGCAGCGCUUUCAGACCGUUCUCAAGAUGACGAGGUCCAAGCCCCAAGAAGCCCACGAACCGUCGAAGCCCGCCAGUGGUCUUCCAGACCUUCAAGACGAAGAGGUGGCAGGCUUCGCGGCGGGGGCCGGGACCGCCAAAGACAAGGACAUGGCUGCGCCGUCUGAAGCAGAGCCACUGCGGUGGCAGGUCACCACGUUUGCCAUGAGCUGCAUCAGCGACAUAUUCACGCUGGUCGCAAAGGACGUGGCUGCGAACGGGGAUUCUCAGGCACAGGUUUCCUUGCAAAACAAGGUCGCAGACGUUGUCCGUAUGGCGUUCUCAGCCUCGACCUCCAACGUCUUGGAGCUUCGCAUCUGGGGCCUGAAGAUAAUUGGCGCAGUACUCAAAAUGUUCGGCAAGACUCCCGACCCUGACUUUGAGGAAGCCAUGUUGCUGGAGCAAUAUCAGGCACAGAUCAGCUCUGCCUUGACCCCGGCCUUUGCGGCAGACUCGUCGCCCGAGCUCGCUUCCGAGGCAGUCAAUGUCUGUGCCAGUUUCAUCUCCAUUGGCAUCGUCACCGAUGUUGACCGUAUGGGCCGAAUCCUCAAGACCCUCAUCAACGCCCUGGAGAACUUUUCCAAGGACAACGAGAACGCCGGCAUCGGAGACUUGAAAGGACUGAGCUCCAAUGCGCAAGUCAUGGUGAAGAUUUCCGUCUUUUCGGCCUGGGCGGAGCUUCAGGUUGCCAGCACCGAGCAGAAGUACCUCCUUGACGUGCUCAGGCCUCACGUGGGCACACUCACUCCUCUGUGGCUCGAGUCCCUGCGGGAAUUCGCGAGGCUCCGGUUUGAGCCAGACAUCUCCAUGACCCUAGGACCGCCGUCGCUCUCUGGAAGUCUGGACACCAUCUACGCGGCGCUGAACCGUGAGACGCUGUUGCGCUUCUACCAGGACUCGUGGCUCAAGCUUGUCGAUGCGAUUGCAAGUCUCAUUGAACAGGACAGCGAGUUUGUGUUCGAUGCGCUCGAUGGCAAGGAGUCUCAGGAACCUGCUGCCAACGGCAACCCCAAGAGCCCGGCCAUCAACUACCGCGACGAGCCGGUCGCCUUCUUCUUCGUGCUCUUCGGACUGGCGUUCGAGGCGCUCGCCAUACGGCCCGGGCAGAGCGAGUCCCUGGCUACCCAAGAACAGACGCUCGACAUCCUCGAGGCCCUCAAGAGGAUCCUGCACCCGAGCGUCUCCGGCCAUGCCAUUUAUCGACCGGAUGUCUUUGCCGAAACAAUGGAUCUCCUUGACCGCCUGGUUCUGACGGACGGGCUCGAUGUCCAGACCGUCAUUGUGCAAAUCGCCCGUGCGCUUUGUGUCACCCACCCUUCUGCGCGGCGGCAGGCGUCCGACGAGGGCGACCUGUCUGAAGACAUUGACCAGCUGUUCGAGCUCACCAGGAUCACCGUGCUCGUGCUGUCCGGCCUGCUGCCUAAUCUCUCCGAGGGCAGCCAGCCGGUGCGCCACCAGAUGAACGACGAGGCCAUUGUCCUCGUCCGCACGUCACUGGACGCUCUCGUCGACGCCGCAGAGGUGUUCCCAUCCAUCAUCAAGACCGACCUCCACGCCUGCAUCAUCCACAUCUUCGCCACCAUCCUCGCCACCCCCGACUGCCAAGAGCUGAUUGUCCCGCAAUCCUUGGCCAUUCUCAAGCGGUUCGUCGGCGGGAUGCCCAAGUCUUCCGAUGACCACUCGUCGGGCCAAGUCCAGCUGCAGGGUUGUCUUCGCCGCUUCCUGUCCAUCUACCUCAACGCCCAGAAGCGUGAGCAGCCGACCUCGCUGGCCUGCGUCAAGAAUUGUCUGCUUGCCACUACGAUACUGUUUACAAGUGGCAAGAACCGACUUCCUGCCACCGACCCGCUGGUCGCCCGCUAUCUGGACGAGGUGCUUGACUGCCUUACGGACCGCAUGACCGCGAGGAUUGCAGCCAACUGCAUACGCUCGCUCUUGCUGCAGCCGAGCCCUACUGCAGCCGACUUGAGCAUCGCACGGUACUUAUUCCCUCGCCUAAUGGCGUUCGUGACCAACGUGGAGCCCGAAGAUCCGGAGCGAGCUCGGGCCUUGCUCGCUCAUACCUUGUGCCUGUACGUGGGGACUCUGCAGGCAGACCGGCGGUCGGCAUCCAUGGCCCUGGUCAUUCCCACUCUCAUGGCUCGGGCCACCGGCGAGGGCGAAGAAGCCUAUCAAGAGACCAGCGCAAGACUGUUGGAGCUGGCGGCGGCCGACCCGGGGACGUUCAAGGCCAUCGUGGGCGACCUGAGUGCCAGCCAGAGGGCUCUGCUAGAGGAGGUGAUCCACUCAGGCCGCCAGGCGAAGUCCGGUAACAGUGCAGCUUCCGACGGUGGAUCCGGGCAGCCGAGCAUCACCCUGAAGAUGGACUUUGGCGGUUAGAUGGCGAGGCACCCGCGGGCAGGGAUGCGUCAGCAGAGGCUCCGUGGGCGUCUGGUGCGCCGUUGCACCAAGCCACACCGUUGUUCCCUGGUAGGGCCUGCGUCGCCAGUGGAACAAGCCUCUAGACAAAAGUCCGAAAUCACAAGAGGCGGCUCACUCACCGGGUGCUCGUACAGUUUCGGGCCAAGACGGGCGCACGACGCACGGUUGCGCCCGAGUGGAUGUCUGUCUGUUUGCACACACACACACACACACACACACCCUUUUCCUCCCCCAUCUCUCGACUAGAACGCCGCGGAACAAUACGUUUGCGAGCGAGCGACAAGGCACCAGUACAGUAUACCAAGCACAACGCACAACCGGCAAACCGAUGAGUAGACAGACGGCUUCGCUCUGCAGUCGCACAGCGUGUCUGUGGUCAUCGAUGGAGGAACCCAGAGGCGAAGGAACGGACAGGCGGACGGGAGGGAGGGAACUGAACUAAAUUAAGCAUUUGUUGGUGGCUGCAUGCAGACGCGGGACCGGCCGAGACGUCAGCCAGACAGACCAGGACGAUACAGACGUAGAGUAAUGAGACGACCAUGACGCGCAGCCCGACGCAUGCUGUCCGUGUUUUCGCGGCGCAGCAGCAGUAGCAGCAGCAGCAGCAGUGCUUAUUUGACGCUGCAAACGAGCAUUGGGAGGGGCGGGUGAGCUGGACACAGGCAGAGCCUCACUGGCGAGCCAACCUCCAAGUGGCCGUGGUAAGGGAUGGGUUGGUUGGGUGGGUGGCUUCUUGCCGCCGUUUGGGAGAGGCACGAUGGUCUCCGUACCGGGGAGUUGGCCAGCACAGCCAGCCAGCCAGCUAGCUAGCUAGGUUCGACUACUAUGAACAAACUGUGGUGCGGCCAUGUUCCAUUGUGCCUUCGUGUCGAUUAGGCGACACGCUUCAACCAAAGUUGGAUCCGAAUUUCUUCUACCCGUCCAUCCGUCUCUACAGCCAGGCCAAAACAGAUCCAUGCAAGCAAGACUCGCCGCUUCGUCGGAAAGCAGUUCGGGG